AUGUCAGACAGAUGCAGACCUUCACCUGUUGUUAUCGAUCUUGACCAAGACCAAUCUAUCACUGCCGCAGCCAAGUUCAUUGAAAAACGCUUCGGAUCACUAUAUAUUCUCAUCAACAACGCCGGCAUCCAUAGAUCAUCCGACCCAAACGCUACCCUACGCGAGAGCUACCGAGCUGUGUUUGAAACCAAUGUGUUCGGCGUGGCAGUGAUGACUGCUACUUUCCUACCACUACUACGAGCCUCGAAGUACCAUGACCGGCGUAUUGGCAACGUAACGAGCGGCCUAGAUCAAAUUGACAUUGCCUACUCGCCUCCUUCAGAGUACAAUGCUAAGAUGUGGGAGCUGCCCGUCUACCGCAGUAGCAAGUCCGCGAUCAAUAUGAUUAGUGCUGUUGAUGCUGUCAGUCUUGAGAAGGAGAACAUCCUCACUUUUCUCGCUGCCCCAUGCUUCUGUCGCACCAACUUCGGGGGUGGCCAAGGGGUCAAACCAGCAGAGGGGCUCGGCUCAUUGUGCGAGCUGCUACUGAGGGUACCCCGAAAGAGCUAUUUGGAAAGCUUGUGGACAAGGAGAACACGCUGGUUGAGAUCGGCUGGUAGAAUUGCAAGCUGA